CCCGGUUCUCUCUGACCGGCGCCCCAGCCCCGUGAGCCGUGCUCGGCGUAGCCCAGCUCGGAGCGGCCCCUGCGGCUCAGACAGCUGUGCCCAGCUGCCCGAGGGAUGGAGUCCCUCCCUGAGGCAGUCCUGCUCCGGAUCCUGGCCUCCCUCCCCGCCGUGGAGCUGGUGCUGGUGUGCCGCCUGGUCUGCUGCCAGUGGAGGAACCUGGUGGAUGGAGCUGCCCUGUGGAUCCUGAAGUGUCAGCAGGAAGGCCUCACCAGAGCAGAGUCAGAUGUGGAGAACUGGCAAAGCUUCUACUUCCUCAGUAAGAAAAGGAGGAAUCUCAUCAAGAACCCAUGUGGCGAAGAAGGCUUGGAGCACUGGGGAGAGGUAGAGAACGGAGGUGAUGGCUGGAAAAUUGAAGAGCUCCCAGGGGACUUUGGAAAAGAAUUUCCUAGUGAAGGAGUCCAUAAAUACUUUGUCACAUCUUAUGAGUGGUGUCGAAAGGCUCAGGUGAUUGACCUUAGGGCUGAGGGCUACUGGGAAGAGCUGAUGGAUACAAGCCAGCCUAAAAUCAUGGUAAGAGACUGGUAUGCAGGACGUAGUGAUGCUGGCUGCCUCUAUGAGCUGUGUGUGAAGCUGCUCUCUGAGAAUGAGGAGGUGCUGGCUGAGUACAAAAGUGACACUGUCACCAUCCCAGAGGGAAAUGAUGGCAGCUGGACUGAGAUCUCUCACACGUUCUGCAGCUACGGGCCCGGGGUGCGCUUUGUGCGCUUUGAGCACGGCGGGCAGGACACGCUGUUCUGGCAGGGCUGGUACGGCGCCCGCGUCACCGGCAGCAGCGUGACCCUGGAGCCAUAGCCCUGCUCAGCAGGACCUGCACGCUGCAGCUCACCUCCCUCAGGGCAUCCAUCCCGCUGCCUUUGGAUGGUUUCUGCACAGUGCUGCUGCUGGCUGUAGAGCGUUCGGCCUUCCUGCAUAGGAAUGUGCGUGCAAGGUGUGCCAGGAGCCACCACCUCAAGAGGGCUGUGCAAAAAUGUGAAUGAAUUUGGGAAUGCACCUCACCACUUGCACUGGUGUUCUCUGUCAGACAAGAGAUCACCAAAAAACCCUGCAGAUCUCUGUUAGUCUCUAAUGCCUAGCACCCAGCCUGAGUCAUCUCUCCUACCUGCUUCCCUGACUUGGGCACUCCUUAACUUGAAGGGAUUCCUUAAGUAUAUUUUCUGGAAGUUAGAGUGGAAAGAAAAGAAUAGAGAAAGCCACACACCCCGUGUCUCAAAACAUACCAGGGAAACCCAGAGCCCUGUGCUCAGCUGUUUCCAUGACCUGCAGUGAGAACCUUGGCUUCUUCCAUUUAUAAAAAGAUAACAUUUUUUACCACAGAGGGGCUCUAGCUUGGCUGUCAAUACUGUUAGUUUCAUUUUUAGUGAUAAUGCAAAGCAAGAGAGGUUGAAUCCUUUUCUCUUACACUGUUCCCAGCAUCUUUUUAUCAAGGGAAGUGUUGGGAAGAGAAACAUGUCUGAUGUCCAGCCCUGGGGCUUCCUUUGGCUCCCUCAGAGACAUGGCAUCUGAGAGUAAUUGCUGGUGGACAGAGAAAGAGAUUACAACAAUUUAGAGUACUGGGUUAGAAAAAAUUUGAAAUAGGGUCCAGAAACAAAUGAAAAUAAACUCAUUUAGCCCUUCCUGGUCAUCUAGUGUGACUCUCCUGGCAGGACACAGACAGCUCUUGGCCUCGCUCCACUUCUGCUGGCCAUGUCUGCAAGAAAACACAUCUGCCUCUGCCCUGUGCUUGCUGACAAGACAGCACUCCAGCCCACUCCCACUUGAGCUUCUUGACAACCCUCAGGGCUGUGUGCCCCAUCCUGAACAGACCCCUAAGCUUUCCUGAACCAAGACUGUCCCUGCUAGGGUCACUAUAAGACACAAAAUAAAACUACGCGCACACUGGAAUCUCCAGGGUAAAAAGAAGGGUGUUUAAUUUCUGACUCCAACAUUUAUAGAUUUUCAAAAGUGUGACAGUGGAUUGGAGGAUGACAGGGCCACCUCUCUAAUGACAAUGGGCAAACCAACAGUGCAUCAAAUUUCUCCUCCUUCAGAAAAGAAUGCAAAACAAUAAUUAUCUGCAGAGAAGUGUGUGAGAAAGUUCAUUACAAAAAUGUAAACAUCAGAAGGCUUAGAAGAACUUAGAAGAACAGGGUGACACUGCUAGUUAUUCCACUCAGAAGAGCAUCCCCUAACAGAGCUGGUGUUGCCUAAAGAAAGUAUAUUUUUGUGUCCAUGUGUCUGCCUUCCCUCCCUGGGCUGCCAUUUAAGUGCCCUUUACACAAGUAGUGGCUGCUGCUGCCUGCGGGCAAAGGAAGGAGCUCCCACCUGGACCCUGUGCAUGCUGCAUCCUCAGGCUUUCUGCACAGCUGCUCCUGGGUGCCACACACACCUCAGAGUCCAGGCAAACACAAUAAAGUGACACAAUUCUGUGUGGAUUUCCUCUUUUGUCUGAGUAUUUGUCCCCUGUGCUCAAGCAUCUGUUUUCUGACUAUGUGGAGCGUGUCAGC